ACCCAGACCCUGGGAGGAGCAGCCAGCAGUGAGGAAUCCUGGAAUCCCUUCCCAGGGAGAGCCUUCCCAUGACCUCCAGGAAGCGAUCAGUGCAAACACAGGUGUCAGCGUCCCUGCUGGAGUACUGGGAUGAGGAGUCCCUGCCGGAGCUCCCUGUGGAGCCAUCCCUGACGGAAUACUCCGACCUCGAAGAGGCUCCCUCGGCACACACUCUCUGUGUGGGCCAUCUAAACCCCCAGUUCUCAGUGCCAGUGCUCGCCUGCCUGCUGCGAGAUGCCCUGGAGCGGCUGGAGCUGCCAGUGGCACGGGAGCACAUCGAGGUGGUAAGGCGGCCACGGAAGGCCUAUGCACUGGUGCAGGUGACUGUCCGCAGGGACACCCUGGCCUCCCUCCCCUGGCGCCUGCGGACAGCCAUGGAGGAGCACCUAAUCCUCAAGGAGCUGGCAGCCCGUGGAAAGGAGCUGCUAUUGAGUGAGGCUCAGGGGCCCUUCAGCCACAGAGACGGGGAGGAAGACAGUGGCCUGAACCCUGGCCCUAGCCCUAACCCAGGCUCUGGUGUUCCGCUGCCCACCUGGCCUACACACAAGCUGCCUGAUAGGCCCCAGGCCUGGCAGCAUCAGAGCUGCCACACCCGGCCCAGUGGCGUGUGCUCCGACAGUGCCAUAGUGCACCAGGAGAUCGUGGGCAAGGAGCAGCUCUUCCAAGGUGCUUUCCUGGGCAGCGAGACCCGCAACAUGGAGUUCAAGCGGGGCAGCGGCGAGUACCUAAGCCUGGCCUUCAAGCACCACGUGCGGCGCUAUGUGUGCGCCUUCCUCAACAGCGAGGGCGGCAGCCUGCUUGUGGGAGUAGAGGACAGCGGCCUGGUGCAGGGCAUCCGCUGUGGCCACCGCGAUGAGGACCGCAUGCGGCUGCUGGUGGACUCCAUCCUGCAGGGCUUCAAGCCCCAGGUCUUUCCUGACGCCUACACCCUCACCUUCAUCCCUGUGAUCAGUACCUCGGAGACCAGCGUCCCCCUCAAGGUGAUCCGCCUGACUGUGCAAACCCCCAAGGCCCAGGGCGAGCCGCAGCUCUACCAGACAGACCAGGGGGAGGUGUUUCUGCGGCGUGACGGGAGCAUCCAGGGCCCACUGUCCGUCAACGCCAUCCAGGAGUGGUGCAGGCAGUUUGGCCCCAGAUGGAAGAUGGACAGGCUUGAGACCAUGCGGGCUUGGCCACGUGCCUCUCCCAUGUCCCCUCAGAGGUGGCUGGUGGAGCUGGGCAAGCUGGAGGAGAAGGUGAAGGCGCUGAUGAUGGAGAAAGAGCAGCUCCAGGAGCAGCUGCAGCAGCGCGGGCCAGUGUCUUGCACCUGCUGUGUCUUGUGAGGGCCUGGGAAGCAGCAGGACCACCCGAUGCUCUCCACCCAAGAUGCAGGGGUUUCCCAUUUGAGCCUAAGGCCGACCAAUAAAGCCCAUGCGGGCCACUGAGACGUGGAAAGGGGCUUCUUCAACAUGGCACAUGAGCAGGCGCCCGUGUGGCUUCAACCCUGACAGACCCCAGUGUGUGUAGCUAAGAAAUUGCUCUCAGCCCUGUCCCCAAGAAACCUUACUUUCAGAAAGAAGGUGUUCCCCUAAGGCUGAGCUAUAAGAGUUCCAGAGCUCCCCCUAGGACUGAGCUAUAAGAGAUUGUCCCAAAACAAACAAACAAACAAACAAACAAAAAAAACCCACUGCUUCACUUGACUAGCCUUAAAAAAAAAAAAAAAAAAAAAAAGAUUGUCCCUCUCCCUAAAACACUCAUUUGGCCCAGGUUGAGGUCUGUGACUCCAGUUGGCUAGACAGUGCCAGAGAGGAAUUGGUUGUCUCAGGAAAGCCCCUCACAAAUGGCAAGGCAUAUUUGAUGACUGUGGUUACAGGGCAAGAGGCCACCAUGCAGCCCCCACCCCUGACUUGCUGGAACUUGUGACUGUCAAAGCUCCAUAAUAAAUUACAUGCACCUGGGACAAGAAUGGUUCUUUCUAGGACACUUGGUCAGCCAGUCAGACGCUGCAGGGUCAUGAGUUCCAUGCCCAGCCCACCUCUGUCCAGGAGGCAGAGGACAGACAUGCGAGGGCAGGAAGCCCAGCCCCUCAGGUUCCAGGCCAGCUCUGUCUUGAAGACCAGGUGCCGUAGGGCAAAGUGCUGUGCCUCUGUGCUUCAGUUCUUCAUCUAUAAGACAGUGACAAUGGCUAGGGGCAGGGGCAUUUUGUCACCAUCAGGCCAAUGCCCUGUGUCUAUGCCAGCUGUGGCACAGGGCAACACCUCACACUAACACCUCACAUUUAGCAUGGUAACUGGACCAUGGAAGGUGCUCAGAAAAUGCCACUCCUCUACCUUCUUAACACAUUUGCGAAGUUUCAGUUCCUCUCCAAGAUCCCUCUGGCCCAGUAAGGCCAUUAGCUUUAAAAAAAAAAAAAAAAAAAAAAAAAGCAGACCCCUCGGGCCACUGGAGGCUUGCUGCCUCUGGCUGUUUCUCCUGCUGUCUCCACCAGCCAAAUCAGACUGUAAAGCCAGAGUCUCAUCACAUUCAUACCAUGUCUGCGCCCACAGCCCUCCAAAUUCUCCACUUCAAGAGCAAAGCCCAAAUGAUGGCCUACAUGGUUCUCCAUGACCUAGCCCACCUGACCUCAAUGUCUUCCGCCCCUGCACAAGCCACUUCAGCCACGCCUACCACGUGCACUGCUGCCUCGAGGCCUCUGCACUAGAAAGCUGCCUGUUUCCUUUCCUCUCCACCUUCAAGUCCAUGCUCAGUUUUCCCACCCACCCUAUUUUAAAGCUACCACCCUCCCAGCACUGCCACUCCCCUGCUUGCUUCCAUCCUUCUUCUCCAUAUAUGAACUGCCACACUCUAGCUUAUAUUUGGUGUUUCCCCCACUGAAUAGCUGCUCUGGGGGAUAGGGAAUUUUGGGCAUGGCUGGCAUGUAGUAGUCACCCAACAAAUACCUGCUGAUGAGACAAUUAAGAAUACUCCUAAAUUUGGAGUCUCAGCCACCAGAAAAUCGCCAGACCUUGUUGAACAGGGCAUUUCACAGGACUGGUGUCCCAUGGAACAUACUUCAGUUGAUCCCCUAAAACUGAGGCCCUGGCCACAUCCACAGAACAGACACAGACGAGAACUUUGGAACCCCAGCCCCUCCAUUCAGCAGCCAGGUGACAUCUCCUGGACCAUCACAACUGCUCUGAGACCUGCUUUUACCACUUAGCAAACAGCAUGCAACCUCUGCCUCAGCUGCCAUCAAUGCUGGUUAUGGGGACCAAUGGGAUGAUGGGUGCCUGCAUCGUGGCAGGUUACCAAACUUCUGCUCACCCACUGAGCUACCCCGAGGUCACCAAGGCUGCUCAAAAACUUCACAAAUGUGUCAAGAAGGUAGAGGAGUGGCAUUUUCUGAGCACCUUCCAUGGUCUAGGUACGAUGCUAAAUGCUAGUCAAGGCAUCACAAUCCUCAGAAAUGUUUUCUGGGGAAAAACAGCAGAUUUCUAUGAAGGAAGGGUGAAGUCAGGCUUCAGCCCCGCCACUCCAUACUGCUAAGAACCUGCCCAGAUCCCCCGGAAUUAGGGAAGUAUACGGGAAGGCCACAGGAGGAAUGUGGCCAGCUUUCUACCCCACCCCCGGGCCCUGGUCAGUAAACACUGGGCACAGGGUGCCCUCCUGUAAAUCCAGCUUCAGCCCUGGAGACCAUUUGCGAUCUUUUUUCAGAAACCUUACAUAUGUGGCCAGCACAUGACAGCUGAUCAGCCAAAGUGAUCUUAAAGGUAAGAGCAGGAACAUGACUACUGGGAGGCUUUUUCACGCCACCCACACAUCCAACCAUUGUGGGGAGCCAUGAUGUCACCAAUGGGCAUGUCAGACCCUCGGUCUGGGGAAUGUUUAAAAACAAAAACAAAAAAAAACACUACUGACUGGGUGCAAUGGUUCAUGCCUGUAAUCCCCACACUUUGGGAGGCCAAGGUGGGAGGAUCGCUUGAGGCCAGGAGUUCAAUUCCAGCCUGGUCAACAUGGCAAGAUCCUGUCUGCAUAAAAAAAAUUAAUUAGGUGGGCAUGGUGGGGUGCACCUGUAGUCCCAGCUACUUGGGAGGCUGAGGCAGGAGGAUCUUGUGAGCCCAGGGGUUGAGACUGCACUGAGCUGUGUUUGUGCUACUGCUCACAAACUACUGGGCGACAGUGUGGGAUCCUGACUCAAAAAACAAAAACCAAUUAAAUGAAAUUUAAAAUGAAGGCUAUCUGCUAGAACCAUCAGGUGGGAGAAGGGGUUAGAAUUAUGCUCCAUCAGCCACAUUCAAAGCACCAUAACAAGCAGUUCUGCUGCUGAAGAGUCUGGCCCACUGCUCCCUGUCUGUGUAUAUGGGGUACACACAUCCAGUGCCUGGCAGAGGAAAGGACCGCCUUCCUAAACCAUGCUUCUCCUUCCCCUUUUUCAGUCAUGCAGUAGCAUACUAAGUACCUGCACCCUUUAAUCUCGCUCUACAUGCUGAGAACCUCUAUGUGAAGCUUCAUGAAAAAUUCUGGUUCCUCUGAAAAAGAAAGCCUCAUUUCUUAGUCUUUCUUAGUUUUUAAACAAGCUCUCAGGUCGUCUGCUGACUUAAGGCUGCAGAUACUGACAAGUCAGGUGACUGCACACAGGCACACCCAGCACCGUGCUCAAGACGCUUCCCAACUGGCCAAUGUCAUAAAGAGAAUGAGAAGCAAAGCGUGUCUCU